ACAACAGUAAAACAGCAAAUGUAGAUAGGACUAAUGUAAAUAAUAUCCAACUCGCCUUCACGUGAGUGUAUUGUGUGAUGUUUACGCCGCGUGCUAGAACAUUUCAAAUUCAAACAGGCGCCAGUAGAGGGAGUUCGCGACGCUCAACGGUCACCAGCAGAUUAACUACCAAUAUGGCAACAGAAAGUUGUUUAAGCAGUUCUCAGAUCAACAAGGUUGACAACGAAAAACUGGUAAGACCAAAAGUGCAGCUGAAAAGCCUUUUAGAGGAUGCAGGUGCAGAUAAAGAUGUUUUCACCAUGAAGGAGGUUAUGUUUUAUUUGGGGAAGUAUAUCAUGAGCAAGGAGUUAUAUGACAAGCAGCAGCAACACAUUGUUCACUGCGGAGAGGAUGCUCUUGGUGCUGUUCUCGGGGUGAAAAGUUUCUCAGUCAAAGAGCCCCGAGCACUCUUUGCAAUGAUCAACAGAAACCUUGUGACAGUGAAAAACCCAGAUACUCAGUCUACCUUCUCUGAACCCAGGAGUCAAAGUGAACCAGAUCGAGGGCCCGGGGAUACAGAUUCAGACUCUCGCUCAUCUACCUCACAACAGCAGCGCAGGAGGAGGAGAAGCAGUGAUCCUGAAAGUACUUCAGCUGAAGACGAUCCCAGAGAACGCAGGAAGAGGCACAAGUCAGACAGCUUCUCUCUGACAUUUGAUGAUAGCCUGUCUUGGUGUGUGAUUGGCGGCUUGCACCGGGAGAGGGGGAACAGUGAGUCUUCGGACACACAAAGCAACUCUGAUGUAGGUAUCUCUCACAGUGAGGGCAGUGAAGAGAGCGAAGACUCGGACUCUGACUCUGAUAACUUUAGUGUGGAGUUUGAGGUGGAGUCCAUAGACUCUGACGCCUACAGUGAGAAUGAUGAGGAUUCAUUGCCUGGAGAGAACGAGGUGUAUGAAGUCACAAUCUUUGCUGAGGAUGAAGAUUCGUUUGAUGAGGAUACUGAGAUAUCUGAGGCAGACUACUGGAAGUGUGCUGAAUGUAACAAGCUCAACCCUCCUCUUCCUCGGCAUUGCAAAAGCUGCUGGAACGUCCGACCCGAUUGGCUUCCAGAAACACACUCCAACAUGGAAAACACCUCCACUAACCCUCAACCCAGCACGGAAGACACCUGCAUCACCACAACUCCCAGCUCAGCCUCACAUGACAAACUGCUUCCUUCCAAACCCUCAAGCCCUCUUCCAGAAACAGACGAAGGGGUGGACGUACCCGACGGCAAGUGCUUGCAAUCUCCUGUCGCCGCUAAAGACGAACUUCUCUCCUCCACUGCCGCCGGCUCUAUGACUGACUCUCAGACCUCGUCAUUGCAGCCCUCAACCUCCUCUGGUGGGGGCAGCAGUCAGGAAGAGACCCCAGAGCUAGAGCGCUACAACAGCCUAGAGGCCUGCCUGCCCGCCACUUGCCUUGAGCCCUGCGUCAUCUGUCAAAGUCGCCCCAAGAAUGGCUGCAUCGUCCACGGAAGAACUGGACACCUUAUGGCUUGCUACACUUGCGCCAAGAAAUUAAAGAACCGGAACAAGUUGUGUCCGGUGUGCCGAGAGCCCAUUCAGUCAGUUGUAUUGACCUACAUGAGCUGAGACACAGCAGAUAUACCUCUUCUCCCCUCCUCACAUGAAGUUUGGGAUUGCUCAUAUUGCCAUGUCUUAUAGUUCUAAAACUUUUGCGUUCAAAUUCAAUAUUUGUAAUAUGUUUCUUAUUGAAUAAAGAAUUGUAUUUAUGACUCA